CCAAGCUCAGUCAAAACUCGAUCAAAACUCGUCGAGUGAGCUCAACUCAACUUAACUCAACCUCAACUCAAAAUACUAAUAAGUCAAGUCGAGCUAGCUCAAACUCAAACUCGACCGCAUCAUUGCCAGCCCUAUGAAUAUGAUAGCAUUAGCUAGGUGUCCAAAUACGGAGAAAUUAAAGAGGGACGUGUACCCCGUUUUUGUUAAGACCCUUCAUUCUGCCUGGCUGUCUACCCAUGUGCACCUCACCUCAAUAUAAUCUUCUUUCUCUCUCUCCUCUUUUUAUCUCUUCUAUAUCUUCUCCUUCAUUCCAACUGGCAUUUCUCCUUCAUUCCAACCUCCUAUAUAACUCACCCAAAAAAGAAAGAAAAAAAAAAAGAGCUUUCUCAACCUUCAUACUUCAUUAUUUUUCUAAGAACAAAUUAUACAUUACAAACAUAUAUAUACAUUCUUAGAAUCAAAUAAAUAUAUAAUGAUGAAUAAUAACAAUGUAGUUCUAAAUGGUGCUUCUUCUUCAGAGUGUAGCAGUGGAUGUGAGUCUGGUUGGACUCUUUACUUAGAACAUUCUAACAGUAAAUUUUCUGUUGGUGGUAAUAGAAAAAUGUCAGCUUUUCAUCAUGGUCAAGAUCAACAAGGUAAAAAACUUAAUGGUAAAUUUUUUGAUGAAGAAGAAGAAGAUGAUGAUGAUAAUAAUGAUGAAGAUUUAUCAAUGGUUUCUGAUGCAUCUUCAGGCCCACCACAUUUUGAUCAUGAUAUUGAUUAUGAUGAAGAAGAAGAGGUUUUUUGUUAUGAUAAAAGGAAAAAACAAAGCAUGAAAUUACCAUCAUCACCAGUAUAUCAAUGUUAUAAGGCUGAGGAUUUAUCUCUUGAUGAUACUGCUAGUUCUUCAUUUUUUACCUCUAAGAAAAAAGUUGGGGGGAAUAAGGUUUCUUCACAAGGUUUUUCUGCUACUCAUUUUCAUCAGGAUAGAUCUACUAAUUUUCAUGAGGACCAGUGUGGUUUUUUUCAGCCCACUUACUCAACAAAGCAAUUUCAACAUAACCAGUGGUCAUAAAAAGUAGACGACAAGGAAAAGGGUAAAGGGAAUGAUCGUACUAAUUAAAUCGAGUUGAUGAUGAAUUGAUGAUCAAGAAAAUUGCUCCAAAAGUAGUAAUGAAUCAAAGGGAGGAAAAUGGUUACCUUGUCAAGAAAAGGAAGGGAUAAAAGAAGCAGAUCUCAAAGGGAUCUUAGGUUUCUUUUCUCCCUUUCUUUAUUUACUUUAUUAAUUUAAUUUCCUUGUUGUUAGAUAAUAUUUUUGUCUGUCAAUUUAGUGGGAAAUGACCUCAAGAGGAGUACAAGUAGAAAUAAAUUCUUGAUGUACCCUAGGAAUGAAUUUGUUCCAACUGAGGUUGAAUAGUGAUUAGAGAUGUAACUUAUUAUGUUAGAGUACUUCUAAUUAAUGCCAAGGCAAUGCCAAAAUCUCAUUUACCACAUGAAAGUAUUUAUUUUA